CAAAAAUAUUCAAUUUAAUCGUAUAUCCACUAUUUAAUUAAUUUAAGCCUUUACAAUGGACAAGAACUUUGCAUUCUUGAUUGUCACUGGUGCGCCUGAUCAUACGGAGUUUGGGAUAGAUCUUCUAGCUAUAAACAUCACACAAGAAUUCAGAGGAGUCAAGUUUAUUCCACAAGGAGUACAUUUCGUCUAUGCGUCAUCAAAGGAUCAAUAUGGAAAUCCAUCAGUAAGCAGAAGUGGAUUUAUACAUUAUUUUAAAAAUGGGGAAAUAUUAGUGAAAGAAUGGAAUCGAGAAAAUGAAGAGCUGCAGAAUAGAACUAAAGGUGAUAUUGAAGAAGAAAAAAAGAGAAUUAGGGAGAAUCUUAAGAAUUUAGACAGAUUUCUAGCUAUUUAUGACUAUGAAAACAUCGGAAAGUGGAAAAACUUAACAAAUACACUGACUGAGGAAGCAAUAAAAAGGAUGUCACCCGAAGCUGGAAUAAUUAGGAACGAAGUCGAGUUUAAAUCAUGUCCAGAUAAGGAUCGUCCAAGAGGAAAUGCUACAACUCCAAUAAGAAAUGUCAAAAUUCGUUCAGUUGAUGACGAGUCAAUGUACUUGCCAAAUAUGGAAGUAAUUAGUGAAACACAGCCUAAAUACUCAAAACUUCCUGAACGAUAUAAUCAGUUCUCAUCACCAUCAGAGAAGACAUUCAAUAAUGUAGACACGAUUAACAUAAUAGACAAACUGUUUAAUGAAAUCUCAACAAAAUCAAACUUAUUAGAGGAACUACAGUUCAGCUUCAUCGUCUAUCUAUGUACCUUAUCUAUUGAAUCAUUAUCUCAUUGGCGUCAAAUUGUGUCACUUUUAUGCAAUUCAGAGCAAGCUGUUGAGAAGUACAAGCCAUUCUACAGACAUUUUGUCAACAUCAUUAGACAUCAAAUUCCUGAAAUUCCAAUUGAAUUCAUAGAACAGAGCUCUACAAAUACAAUUUAUAUUGAUAUAAAAAGUUUAUUACGGAAUCUAGAGCUUAACGACUGUAAAGAUAUCUCAGAAUCACUACAGAAACAUCUCGAUGAUACAAUAUCAUGGACUUUUGAUGAUCUACUCGAAGAAGAUCCAGAAGAUUUACCACAAAUUGUGGAAAUUGAUACUUGAAAGUAUUUUGUAUUGAUAUUUGUAAUAAAAGGUUUUUAAUAAUUAAAGGA